GGUGAGCGCCUGUGGCAAGAAUGCAACCUUGUCCAUUGUCUUGCAGCACCCGUUAUGGACAGCUCUAAGGCGAACAACGAUGUCCUACAUCCAGAGCGUCGACUGCGCGCCGUUGUGCUAGCCAUUCACUGAUGCAGAUUUGUGAGACUGCAUGGAGUCCCAGGCAGUCUCGUCCAUCGCUGCACUCUCCAGCCAAGACUUGGGCAUAUUGAAACGAGCCGGCGUCGUCAAUGUGGCAGACCUACUCCUUGCGGCCCCCUCUGACAUCGUCAGAAAGACUCGGGCGAAUGUUAAAGACAUCGAGCGUAUCCUAGACACCGUCUGCCAUGCAAUGGCGAAACAGCCUCGCGCGCUGCAGGAUAUCCCACAUGAGGGCGACGAGAAGUUCACCACCGGUGAUGAAAGGCUGGACGAAAUCAUUGGCGGGGGCGUUCGAACGGGAAUGCUUUGGGAAGUUGUAGGGGAAAGUGCUGCCGGGAAGACGCAGCUGGCUCUACAGCUGUCCUUGAUGGUGCAGCUCCCUCCCAGGCUAGGAGGCAUCGACGGUUCUGCGUGCUACGUGACGGUCACGACCCGUCUUCCUACGUCUCGCCUCACCGACAUCCAGGAUACCCACCCGCUCCUCUCGCCUUCUCUAUGUAGUCUGUCGGAUGUCCACACCAUCAAAGCUCCUGAGAUUCCUAUGCUGCUUCACGUCCUGUCCUCACGCCUGCCGAGCCUCUUGGACCAGCUACUAUCUCAGCGCGAUAGCAAGCCAGUGAAGUUGCUCGUCAUCGACGCGUUGACCGAGCUCUUCCACUCGCACAACCGGGUCUCGAAGGACACUCUUUUCGAGCGGUCCAAGAACCUCACGGAAAUCUCGACGCUCCUGCACGGCAUCGCGAGCAAGUACCAAAUCGCCGUGCUAGUUCUGAACGAGGUGAUCGACGUCUUCGACCGGAGUUUGGACGCGGACAUGGGGAGGCCUGGCGAGAUACUCUACCGCGAGCAGUCUCGCUGGUUCAACAGGCCGGACUACGUCCCGGGUGGCAGUCGCAAAGAAGCGAGCUUAGGCCUUGUCUGGGCAAAUCAGAUCAAUGCGAGGGUGAUGCUCAGCCGUACGGAGCGCACGCGCAUCGUGGACACGGACGACUAUGAACGAGCCGCCAAGCGUCCGCGCUUGGAAAGCUCCCAAGCCUCUCCCGCUCAGCCCGUUCGCGUCAGGCGGCUGAACGUCAUCUUCAGCUCUGUGGGCCCUCCGGCUGCGCUUGACUUCAUCAUCCGCAAAGAGGGUAUCGUCACGCUGCCUGACGAUGUAGCGCCGGAGAACACCAUGCCGCCUCCGUCCGCGAGGAGACCGCCGCCCACACAAGUCCAGCCGACCAUCGAUGGCAUAUCACCGUUCGACAUAGGUAUUAUAGAGGCGGACGGCCUCCUGCCGUCAAGUCCGUCUGCUGGAGACGUAGGAGGAGCGCAGACGGCGGUCGCAGAGGCAGAAGAGGGGCCACAGCAGGGGGGCGGCGACGAAUGGGAUGAGUAUUGGCGGGAGGCGGAUGCGCACGACGAUCUGUACAAUACUGACUUCGCGAGUUCCUCGCAGAGCUCGAGAUUUGCCUGACGACGCAGAUGUAUAUAGCAGUGUACUGAGGACCUACUGAUCGCUUGUUCAUAUGCAUAUACUCAUGAGUGCGGAUCGCUGCCCGCAGAUGUACCAUAGAUGUUUUGGGA